AGAGUGAAGGCGUGAGGGGGAGAUUACUCUGAAGGCAAAAGGGGAAAACAAGUGAUAAGCAAGAGGAGAAGCGGGUAAAAAGCCAGUGGAUAGACAUAGACAUCAGCUUUAGGGAUGUUGCUGAAUAACACAGAUCUCUAUGGCAACGACACGUUUUCCUGCGCCUCUCCCUCGGUGGAAGGCUACCGUUAUUUCGGUGUUCUGUGGGGAUCCAUCGUGACUAUAGUUGGAACACUGGGCAAUCUUCUAACCAUACUAGCCUUUGCCACUGACACCCGUCUACGAACACGAUUCAAUGUCCUCAUUGUGAACCUGGCUUUGGCUGACCUCCUGUACUGCACCAUCCUACAGCCGGUCAGUGUGGACUCCUACCUGCACCUACGCUGGAGGGGUGGAGCCACUUGGUGUCAGAUGUUUGGGCUCCUCCUCUUCCUCUCCAAUAGUGUGUCCAUUAUCACGUUAUGUCUCAUCGCAGCAAGUCGAUACUUGGUUGUCGCGCACCGGACAUCCCGUGUGGCUCGUUUGCUGCUGUCUCACCGUGGCAUAGCUGUGCUCCUCGUCAGCUCCUGGGCACUAGGCCUGGCCAGCUUUGGCCCUCUUUGGCCUGUGUACGUAUUCACACCACAGGUCUGCACCUGCAGCUUCCACCGCACCAGGGGGCGGCCUUACACCACCGUUCUGCUGUUCCUCUACUUCUUCCUCGGGCUAGGCUUCGUGGGACUUUUCUAUUUUCUGAUCUACCGCAAGGUGCGCAUGGCAGCCAAGGCACUGAUCAAGUACAGGCCCAGCCGACGCUCUUCAAGGCGCAAGCGGGCCGAGGCUGAAGGGACGGAUGGGGAUGACAGCGGGAUCGGCGUCGGGACCACAGCAACUCACAGCUGUGAGAUAAGUGACCAAGUGCUGGACCUUAGUAAGAGCAGUGUGACAGAACUCUCUGGAACAGCCCCCACCAACACCUCUGACACACAGCUAAACAUAUGUCAAGAAGCAAAAGUUUCAAAUGGGGUAAAGCAAUCACAUAAAGACCCUGCGCCAGCUCCAACGCAAGCUACAACGCCACCGUCCACCUCAGGAGAGGACAACGAGUUUAAACGUGUAACUCGCAUGUGCUUCACUGUCUUCUUAUGCUUUGUAGGCUGCUUUGCACCCUUUCUUCUGCUGAACAUCGCAGACAAGAAGAACCGAGCACCGCAGGUGGCCCACAUGUUCUGCGCUAACCUCACAUGGCUUAACAGCUGUAUCAACCCACUGCUGUAUGCAGCCAUGAACCGCCAGUUUAACCAGGCCUAUCAAGACCUGCUCUCCAAAGCUUUUUGGCCACUAGCACGCUUAUGGAGCAAACGUUGAAACAGACCUAAUUAAAGCUGCUUCAGUCUUCAGAGAACCACACUGAGCUAAUGCUGGCUGAACACGCAGUGGUCCACAGAGCAGAACUACAAACAGGCAACUGAAGCUUAUGCUAGUAAAGUCACUGAGCAAGUAUAGCACAGCAAGCUAGAACAAAGACUCUUAGGUGUCCAGCACAUUUCCUGUUCAACUGUACCAGAAUGAAUCUAAUUUAAGAAGGUUAAUGUUAUUUUUUUUUCCUACGGUCUUGUGGACAAACAGAUAUAUUUUCUCCAACCACAAACCUCUGCAGCCACAUUCUAGAUGCAAAUCCAACAGCACUUGUGUGUGUUUGCAUGCACAUUAAAAAAAAAAACAGAAAAUCCAAGCUAACAGGUGAAUUAUUAUUGGCAACAC